AAUUUUCAGCUUAUAAAUACGCCUCUCGCGCCCAUCUGCAGUACUAGUAAAUAUAUAGCCCUUAUCCCGCACGCAUACAACUAUGCCGAGGGACAGGGAUCCUCUAGUCGUAGGGCGCGUGGUUGGGGACAUUGUGGACCCUUUCACAAGGUCAAUUGCCCUAAGGGUGUCCUACACCAGUAGGGACGUUAACAAUGGGUGCGAGCUCAGGCCUUCUCAAGUUGCCAUCCAGCCUAGGGUUGACAUCGGAGGGGAGGACCUGAGGACUUUCUUCACUCUUGUUAUGGUAGACCCUGAUGCUCCUAGUCCAAGUGACCCCAACCUAAGAGAAUACUUGCAUUGGUUGGUGACUGAUAUUCCAGCAACCACAGGAGCUAGCUUUGGACAAGAGGUGGUUUGUUAUGAGAGUCCACGUCCAUCCAUGGGGAUUCACCGAUUUGCAUUCGUGUUGUUCCAGCAACUGGGCCGCCAAACAGUCUACGCACCCGGGUGGCGUCAGAAUUUCAACACCAGGGACUUUGCUGAGCUGUACAAUCUGGGCUUGCCUGUCGCCGUUGUUUAUUUUAACUGCCAGAGGGAGAGCGGCUCAGGAGGACGACGACGCUGAGAUAUAUAAUAAUAAUAAUAAUAAUAAUAAUAACAACAACAACAAUAACAAUAAUAAUAAUAAUAAUUUUUGCAUUCCACUUUUUAAAUACACUCCAAAAGGUUAGUUUCUAUUCUAAACGGUGCGCACCACAGUUCUCAAAAGAUACUAAAAAACAGAUUUUUGAGUGUAUUCAUAAAGUAUUGGAGUUCAAAAACAAUGCCCAAUAAUUAUAAUCUGUCUUUAUUUCACUCUCACUCUUUACAUGAAUUUGAGAGAUUGAAACUAUUUUCUAAAUGCAUGGGUCCAUUUUAGAGAUUUACGGGUUGCCUAUGUUUAUUUAGAUAGACAGUGAAGUGAGUGAUUUAGUGUAUAUGUCUCAUUUACUAGUAAUGAAUAAAAUAAAUAGAAAUUUAUUAGUCUUUA